AUGGUUUCUCUAAUUGAAUACAAAUACAACUUCCUUGUCUCUGAAUUCUCAUUAACAGACACUAGUGGGGAAAAGCCGUCUUUGGAUUGGAAUAAACGCAUGCAUAUUGCCCUUGGUGCUGCCUGCGGACUUUUAUACUUACACGAGCAGUGCAAUCCAAGAAUAAUUCACAGGGAUGUCAAAGCCGCAAACACUUUGCUUGAUGAAAGAUUUGAAGCGGUUGUUGGGGAUUUUGGUCUUGCUAAGCUGUUAGAUCUUAGGGAUUCACAUGUCACUACUGCUGUGAGGGGUACUGUAGAACACAUCGCCCCCGAGUAUCUUUCAACUGGGCGGUCUUCUGAGAAAACCGAUGUUUUUGGAUUUGGCAUACUGCUAUUGGAACUUGUAACAGGGCAGAAGGCAUUAGAUGCUGGAAAUGGUCAGAUUCAGAAGGGAAUGAUCCUUGAUUGGGUUAGAACCUUGUACGCAGAAAAAGACUAG